AUGCUGUCUGUUGGUGCCAAGCGCUCGAGAAUCUACGACUAUCUCCUUGAGCAUGAUCAAAACGUCAUUCAGGUUGACGUCGACAACCUGGUUCGUGAUCACAGCUCGGCCGUUUCACGUUCUGAUGAUAAUGACGCCACGGCACGCGAAAUUGCUCUCUUCUCUGCUCUGGACCCUGAAAAUCUUUCUUCGGUCGCGGAAACGGAAUCAGGAGAAACUGGAGUAAUUUCACUGACGUCUGCUCACAUGAGACGGAUGUUUGGACGUUUCAGCGAGGUGCUGCUGAUUGACUGCAGCCACAAGACAAACAGAUAUAACUACCAGCUUCUCACUUUCAUGGGCAUGAAUGAGUUUGGGGAGGGUGCUGUAGUUCAGCAGUCGCUUAUAGAAGCAAACGGAGAUUGGCAUAUGGAGAGGGCUAUUGACCAUUUCAAAAGGUCACACCCGACGCGCAUAGACUUACUGAGGGUUAUCAUGGUUGACAAGGACUUGAACGAGAUUCGUGUCUUGGAGACAAACUUUCCGGGCGCCCGUAUCCUCGUUUGCCAUUUUCACGUUAUUAAGUAUAUGAAGGAAAUGAGGGCGAAGCCAGAAUUCGGAAAGAUCUCCAGCGAAGAUGCAAGCCAAAUCGACGGAGCAGUUCAUAAGAUGAUCUACGCUGCGUGUGAGGAACUGUAUAAGGCUUCACGAGACGCUUUACAGGGCAUAUGUGCACGGAUUGGCCUAAACGGUUUUUACGAGUACUUUUUGAAGAACUGGGAUUCGUGUCAAGAUCGCUGGGUCUACUAUCUACGGUCUAAACUGCCCCACUUCCGAAAUCACACGAAUAAUCGCUUGGAAAGUUUCUUUGGAAAAUUAAAGGACGCAGUAGACGGAUCGAUGAGUAUGGCAGCGUGUGUGAAGGCGCUGGUGGCGAACGACCGUCGUGUUGAGAACGAGUAUAAGUACCGACUAUCACGCAUUGGAAGAUUUACUAACAGCGGUUACGAUGAAGAAAUGUCGACCGUCCUACGAUUUACUACUCAUUAUGUGGCUGGGCAGAUAGAGCAGCAAUACGCAACCGCCCUUUCUAAGGCGGAUUCUUACAAUUACGUGGAAGACCAGGAGAAUAGUGGAGUGGUUGUCGUGAACGGCGUUUUUUCUGAGCACAAGUUGAGUUUGGCUGACUGGCGCUGCGAUUGUGAGUUCUCUAUGUCAAUGAAGCUGCCGUGUCGCCACGCUAUAGCGUACAGAAAGCACUGCAAUGCUUCUGGUCCUCUGAUCCCUUGGAGCGGAAUUGAUGAAAGGUGGACGACGACAGCCCAAGCCUUGAAGAAGGUGAAACAGUUCUCGUAUGAGAAAUUCGAUGAUGAAGGAGAAGGUGGACCUAAGAAAAAGCUCAGAACUCAGUCAGAGCGCUACAGGGAAGCCGUUAGAGCCACACACCUUAUCGCGAACGAAAUGGCCGAGAUAGAAGACGAAGAUGAGUUCGAAUCUAUGCUCAAGUUCGUGUUGGAUCAAUGGCGUAACGUCAGACAGAGAAAGAGGGUGGCUGUACGUCAACAAGUGGGGGUAGCUAGUAGCUGUGUGGAUGAAGACGAACAUUGUGAAGCAAAGUUUACGGACGCCCAAGUAAAAACUGAAUUUGAUAUUAGCUCCAGCGAACAAGAAGUCCCCUCCGGUUCUCCCGAAGAAGAAAGCUCUAUGGAUACAGAGAGCUCCGUUUCUCGCGAUAAAUCUCAGAAAAAGCAGGUGACGAUCUGUCUAAAUCCAAAGGCGAAGAAGGUUGGAAGACCUCAAAAGAAGAAGAAGGCUACUAGUGCUGGAGAAAAGAAGGAUCGAAAAUGGUAUGAGGCAAUUGAAGAGGGUCGGGAAACUGCUGGAGAGGUGACUUUGAGCGCUUUAUUGAACUCGUUAGAUCGCGAGCAGCCUGGCCUCGUAGAGACCCAGAGGCGUUUAUCUGGUGUACUCGUGAAAUUUGAGGAAGCGGAGAAAAAGAAGCCGAAGUAUAAAGUCCUGAAGAAUCCAGUAUUAAUCCUGGAUCCGUUUUUCGUCCUCCCCAGCAAGCUGCUGUCUGCCUGCAUCAAGGUUCUACCUGUGUCGAACACACAAGACACGGCAAUAUCAAUUGACGAUUCUCAAUCGAGCAAAGGACCCAGACAGCAAAGAGCUUCGGGUAAAGAGGGAGUGGAAACGGUACUAAUCAAGGAUGUUGGCUCAUUUUCAAGAGAUCAGAUUGAGAUUUUCAAGCGCGUCCAGAAUAUGAAGGCCGCUGUUCACAGCGGCAUUGAUAUGCACAGGUGGCUUGUCGACAAGGGUAUUGCUUCUCUUCCUGCUGGAUACCAUGGAUUUGCGAAUCAGGUGGCAGACGAAGUAAUGGCUACGUAUCCCUACAAGAAGAUCCAAGGCCUUCCAAACCUCACAGACUAUACGUAUGUAAUGCUCUACACUGUGAGCCCACCCGAGUGGCUCACGGACGCAGCUAUACGCGCCGUAUGCUGGCGUUUAACGGAGGACUAUCCUACUUGUCGGUUUGCUGGCUUCCAGUCUGCUUCCCCCAAACAGAAGCGAACGCGUAACAAGGAAAAUGAUCUCGUCGAUGUUUCGAUCCGAACGGCUGUCCAACAAUACAUACGGGACGACUCUGUCCAAACAGUAAUGCUGCCUCUGAAUUUCGACAACUUCCACUGGUGUUGCGUGGUGAUAAAGGUUACGGAAAAGCGGAUCUAUUCCUAUGACCCUUUGAAUCAAACUGCGUACGUGAACGCUUGCAGUGAAAUCGCAACGACACUGAAGAUAACAGGACUGCAAGACUACAACGUAAUCUCGCAAAACAACCCUCUCCAGUUCGACGGGUUCAGCUGUGGCGUGUACGUGUGCUGGAUGUUUAUCCAUAAGGUAAUUCCGGGGUUACACGUGGACAUGAUCGAUACGUCGCUUACGAGACGUCGUGUUGAACUAUUCUUCUACUUGCUCAAGGGUCGUCUUCUUCCUCUGGAAGGUAAUACUGCAGUAGCCUCUAAUCCAGACGAUGAGGAGGAGAAAAUGAAGGCCCCGAGCAGCGAAGAGAAGCCGGGCAGCGACGAAGAAGUCCCAUCCACGCAGAUCGCGCAAUAA